AUGAAGUUGAUUUUCCAGUAUUUAGCUGCAGUUCUUUGUUCACAAGGGAGAAAAUCUGAACACUUAUUUUAAUUCUCUACAGGUGCAGAUGCUGAGCAGGAUGCUGCUAUCAAACUUGCCCAAGAACGAGCAGAGAUAGUUGCCAAGUAUGACAGAGGACGUGAGGGUGCACAGAUUGAACCGUGGGAAGAUGCUGACUAUCGUCUUUACAAAGUCACAGAUAGAUUUGGGUUUCUACAUCCAGAGGAGCUUCCUGUCCAUGAUGCAGUGAUAGAAAAGCAAAAGCACCUUGAAAUUGAAAGAACUACAAAAUGGCUUAAGAUGCUGAAAAGCUGGGAAAAAUACAAGAAUAGUGAAAAGUUUCAUAGGAGAAUUUAUAAGGGGAUCCCACUGCAGUUCAGAGGGCAAGUCUGGUCUUUGCUACUUGAUGUCCCUAAAAUGAAAGAAGAAAUGAAAGACUUCUAUAAUAAAUUGAAGUGUCAAGCGCGAGGGUCUUCGCCAGAUAUUAGGCAAAUUGAUCUUGAUGUAAACCGAACGUACAGAGAUCACAUCAUGUUUCGGGACAGAUAUGGUGUGAAGCAACAAUCUUUGUUCCAUGUUUUAGCUGCAUACUCCAUAUAUAAUACGGAAGUUGGAUACUGUCAGGGAAUGAGCCAGAUCACAGCUUUACUCCUUAUGUAUAUGAAUGAAGAAGAUGCCUUCUGGGCCUUGGUGAAACUUCUCUCUGGUCCAAAGCACGCUAUGCACGGUUUUUUUAUUCCUGGUUUUCCAAAACUGUUGAGGUUUCAAGAACAUCAUGACAAAAUACUGAAGAAAUUUCUGUCCAAACUUAAGCAGCAUUUGGACUCCCAGGACAUGUCCACUAGCUUUUACACAACCAAGUGGUUUUUCCAGUGUUUCCUUGAUCGUACUCCCUUUACAUUAAGCCUCAGGAUAUGGGAUAUCUACAUACUUGAAGGAGAGCGGAUUCUCACUGCUAUGUCUUACACAAUUCUGAAACUACACAGAAAGCAUCUGAUGAAAUUACAAAUGGAAGAGCUUGUAGAAUUUCUGCAGGAGUCUUUAGCCAAGGAUUUCUUCUAUGAAGAUGACUUUGUAAUAGAGCAGCUCCAAAAUUCUAUAUCAGAAUUGAAACGAGCAAAGCUGGAUUUACCAGUACCUGGUAAAGAAGAUGAAUUUCCAAAGAAGCCAUUGGGGCAGAUUUCGUCAGGACCUCAGCCUUCUGUGCUUAACUCCACUCCAAUGCUUAAUGGACAGAACAGCACUGGUAUACAAGCAACAAGGACAGAGAGGAGAACAUCUGCAGAAGAGGAACCAGAAGGUUCACCAAAUGACCGAAAAAGAAUUAAUUCGGUGGAAAAGAAACCUUCCCUAAAACAGCAGAAGACUCGACCAAUAGAGACACAAAACAGUUUGCCUAGGAACGAGGUAGAUACCAGAAGAAAGCCUCAGCCAGCAGAGCAGGACAACUCGAGACAGUACAAUAAUGCAGCUGCUAAUCAAAAUUCUAAUGCUACUUCAAAUACAAGAAGGGAAUUUGUACCUAAGUGGAAUAAACCGUCUGAUGUCAAAAUAAUAGAAAAGACAAUGAAGUUUACUGCAGAGGUGAAAGGGAGGCCAGUAAACCAUUCAGUUUCGGGCCCACCACCAAGUCCUGGAGAAACCCAGCCUUUGAAUGUAAAGCAGAAGAUGAAGGUUUUGGAUGCUGAUGAAGGUAAGCGAGGGUCUAAUGCAUCUCAGUAUGACAAUGUUUCAGAUGGUGAUACUGAGAAUGAGAAUCUUGUCGAAGAGGUGCUUGAGAGAGCUCAUCCACAGAGCCCUAGGCAUGUGGCAUAUCCUAACAGUCCAAGAAAGCAAACUGAAAAAAUGCCUGCUCCAUUGAAAAUACCCAAUAAUUACACCUUCACCUCACAACCCAGAUCUCCAAAAUAUGCAUCGCAGCCUGAUGGCCCAUCUCAUGGACUGAAUGUCAAACAGCCACUACCAGGUUACAAUAAUCCACCUACUUACUAUGGGAAUUCUCCCAAGCAUGUUGCCAGUGUAGGCAAUCCAAGUUCUGUACCUCUGCAUCACCACGGGAGUCGCAGCAGCCCCUCUGGUAGGCUGUAUGGCCCUUUUAUGUCAGUGGAUUAUUCCCCAGAUAAACUGCAAAUGAAUUCCUAUCCUGCCAGUCGCCAAAAUCCUCUUUCACCACCCCCUGGGCAGAUAGAAGUAGCCCCUGUUGAUGCUUACACCAGCAACUCGAGGUCCUCCCCAUCUGUCAAGUUCAUAAUCCCUCCAGCGGGUUAUUUACCGGAGGAUAGGAGGUGGCCAGAUCCUACCUACAUCUACAGACACGAGCCCUACAGGCAGCCCUGGAGCCAAGACCUUCACCAAGGCCACUUGGAAAACUUCCAGAAAUAUCAGCAUUUUCAGCCAACACCUUUUCAAGAGCACAGUCUUCCUGCUGUUCCCAUGGAUUGUCCCAUAAGAUACAGGACUUCACCAACCUUUGAAGAGAAUGGUUCACCACAGUACCAAUACUCAAGCCCAUCAGCUCCAGCCCAGCAGUAUCGGAACAGAACCGAUGGGUUGUCUAUGCAUAAAUCUGUGCUCCUCUGA